AUGAAGACACCUGUCCUCCUCUCUGUCCUUGUCCUGCUGGCCUUCCAGGCCCAGGCUGAUCCUCUCCCAGAAGCAGCUGAGGAGACUAAAACUGAGGAGCAGCCAGGGGUAGAGGACCAGGAUGUGUCCAUCUCCUUUGGGGACCCAGAAGGCUCUUCUCUUCAAGAUGCAGCCAGACGAGGCGUCUUGACAUGCUCUUGUAGAAAUCACUGCGAACGUUCUGAACAUGUCUAUGGAAUCUGCAACAGAAGGAACCUAUUCUGUUGUCGCUGA